ACCACGCGCGUUCGUUCUCUCAGUUUGUAUUCGGUAUCCACCUCGUAUCGGUGGAUACGUUCGGUUCUUAAUUCAGCCUUAACGACCAAUCGUACCGGAGUCGCGAAAAACCGUCCAGUCGCGCGGAGUCGCACGUUAGUCGAGUCGAAGGAAGCGAGGUUCGAGACCGAACGUCGACAGUAGUGCCAAUUGUGCCCGGUUUGUUGACAGUGCUUUUUCAAACAAAGACGAUACAACAUGCCGCCGCUAAGAUUUGUUGGUCUAUUGGUGAUACUAUUCGCCGUCCACGCUUGGUGCAAACCGGCCAAGAGCAACGAGGGCGUGAAUUAUAGCGACGACGAUCCGCCGCCCGAUUAUAACGACGACGACACGGCCGAUGAUAAUGAUCCUGGUUCCAUCGAGGAACCACCGCAGAUCGUGUCCAAGCCGGAAAGCAUAAGAGUCAGAAACGGAAGUACCAUCUGGCUGCCCUGUCUCGUCAAAAAUGCGGAUAAUUUUGCGGUUACGUGGAAGAGGAACGACGAGACCUUGUAUCUGGACACCAUCGCGAUGACGGUGGACAGCGAGAGGAUCGUUCGAUUGCCAAACAACACGCUGGUGAUCCACAAUGUCACGACCAACGAUACCUCGAAGGAUUACGAGUGCAGUAUUCUUCAGAAAUCGAGCACAGUCACGAUCAAGCACAGAGUGCUGGUCGAGGACGCACCGGCCCCAGCCCCCCACAAGCCACGCAUACGCGUCUUCCCCAGGAAACUGGUGGAAGUAAAUGCCGGUGAAAGCGUCACCCUUGGCUGCGAGACGAGGAUACAACCCACGCCUGAAAUUAAAUGGUACCGAGAGAACGUGAGGAUCCACGCGGACGAGAUGCCUGGUAAUCGAAUCACCAUUCAGAACGUUAGCAGACACGACAGCGGACGAUACAGGUGCCUGGUCGAGGACGGUUCGGAUAAGCCGCCGUUGGAGACGAUUGUCGUCGUCGUUUAUUAUGCUCCUGAAAUAGAAGCAAAGAGUAUGGUGCACACUGGACUCGGCGUGGAGUCGGACCUGGCGUGUACCGUUCACGCUCAUCCUCACGUAACCUGGGUAGCAUGGUACAAGGAUCAGACGGAGAUCGUGCCGGACCCGGGGAGGAUAGAGAUCAAGAGCGACAAGAAUCUCCACACGCUGAAGAUUUUGCACACCGAGCAGAAGGAUCUCGGAACGUACAUGUGCGUCGCGACGAAUAAAUUGGGUCGAACCGAGAAAAGCAUCGAUCUCACCGGUUUACCAUCUCAGGCAACUAUAUAUAGCUGUGAAGUAACCAGAACCGGCACAGGUUUGGUUCUGAAAUGGCGAUUGGAGAGCUACUCGCCGAUCACCGAAUACAAGCUGCAAUACCGUCGCAGUGGGGACAACCAAUGGGUGUUACUCAAGCCUUCGGUAACGAAUGGCAAAGGCAAUCAAUUCACCGUCGAGCAUGUGAUCGAGGAUCUUCAGCCUGGAUCAUACGAAACGAUCAUCACCGCUAGAAACGAUUUUGGAUGGUCUCAACCCUCCGAGCCACACGUAUUUACAGGAGAUUUCGAAGAGCACGAAGCUGAGAGAGUGAAAGGGCCAUCAGCAGCCGCGUCUCACCCCGCGAUAUCCAUUGCAACGUUAUUCCUAGUCGUCUCGUCCUGUGCCUUUACAAGUCUGUAAUUUACUGAACUCCUUAAACUACGUAGAUAAUUUGCUGCAGCCAAAGUGUACACCAGCAGAUAUAAUGGUGGGUGUAGUGAAGCAAGAAUGUCUAGGAGAACAGUUCAUCGUUAGCCUAAUAUAUUCCUUUUUAAUCGAUAGAGACUGUGUAAAAAAGAAAAACCACGGUAUUAUCGCUUAUUUCUCGAACGACAACCACGAAUGGACCUCUCGAAUUUUUAUAUAAUUUUUAACAAAAACAAGUUUCUCACCAAUUCGUAAUCCAUCACGGGCAUUGUCAGCAAAAAGCAACCGUUUCAGCUAACACGAAGUGAAAUGUAUUAUAUAAUUCUCCUAGAUAUUCUGUUAUGUAUUACAAGAGAAAAAAAGAAACGAAGAAGAGCAUUUUAAUUGUACUCUAAAUCGGGAGUAACUAUAAGGGAUAGUAUACUUUAAAAUAUAUUUAUAUAUCUAUAUGUAUAUUAUAUAUAUAUAUAUAUAUACGUAUACAUAAUAUAGUAUUCACUGUACAUGUAUAAGUUCAGAGAUACAUGAUUAUUAUUAUAAUUUAUUUUUGUAUGCUUAAGAUCACUAGAUCCGUGUUCUAUGAUGUUGCUUAGUGCCAUGUACGCAUGUUUUUAUUCUCUCACGAUCGUGUACAAAACCGGCACUGAUAUAUCGUCCGCGCAUGCGCGUGAAUGGCGGACACGUAGGUACCUAAUGUGUAAUAGCAAAGAAAAUAAUGUUACUAUAGUUCGUUUGUUCGUCGUUAUGAUUUACGUAGCAGAUCGACGAAAAUUUAUGAAUUGAAAACAAAUAUACCACGCGUUGACACGCUCUAGGAGUUUCUGACUAUCGAUGGAACGAAAUCAAUUGGUCGUUGGCGCCAUAACGUUUGGCUCUUCGCCAGUUUACAUCUGCUGGCUUUUGGCGCGAACCUACGAGCAUACGUUCUCUUGUCUUUCGAACAGAAAGAUAAGCCAAUAUGAUGCAAACCAGAGAUGAACAAAAAUAAUUAAUAAUAAUAGAAAUUAAUUUGCAACGCACAGAAUGAUAAGUCUCUGUUCGUUUAAUGUGAAAUAUGAUUUCGUUGUGAUUCAUGUUGAAUAAAUAAAAUGUUUCUCCGCAUAAGAAUGUUUGUCCAUCUCUGGAGGAAGAGUAGGAGUAAUUGACGAUGAAAAGAAAAUGGCCACGGUCAAAUUGAUUUUGAUCCGUCCGUAAAAAUUCCUCCUUUUCGUUUAUGUGCUUUCAAUUCGAAGAACUAUAAAAUUUUUCAUUCGUCUUCAGUGUAUGAUGGGAUGCGUGGAUGUGAGUGGCUGUUGAGAGUGCGAGAUAUGAUGUAUCGUUUUCCAAAAUAGCUUGGUAGCUUUAGUACCGAUACACGUCGUUUUUAAUGAAUUAUGAUAAUCGUUACGAUCGAUAGAUUAACAAGUGAACAGUUGUACAAAAAUAGUCCACUCCGUGAAAUGGUGCGCGUCAUGUAAACGUUAAUUAUAGAAAUUUCAGUCACGCUUA